CGCCUUCGCACGAGCUGCGUUUCGUCGCCGGCCCCGUCCCCCGCGCGCGUGUAUUGCGCCGCCCGCGCCCCCCGCGCACCCCGCGACUUGCCGUCUCGCCCGCAUUCUAGUCGUGGGUGUCGCGCCGUGCAGUCCUCGCGUGUGCCGCCGAACUCAGUGCGCCGUUUGUGAGUGCUUUGAUAUCCCGCACGAGUGUCAGUGUGACGGAGGACCAGGCGCGUCGACGCGGAGGAUGUUAACAGCCCACGAUAGCAGCUGUUGACGUCCGCAGAAGCCAGCCCUUCGGCAACUUUUACUCUCGCCCCGCUCCCCACACCCCCUCCAAGAUUGCUGCCACCAUGGGUCGGAAGAAAAUACAAAUAUCCCGGAUUACGGACGAACGGAAUCGACAGGUGACCUUCAACAAACGCAAAUUCGGCGUUAUGAAAAAAGCCUACGAAUUGAGCGUGCUCUGCGACUGCGAGAUCGCCUUGAUAAUCUUCAGCUCUAACAACAAACUGUACCAGUAUGCCAGCACGGACAUGGACAAGGUUCUACUAAAGUACACAGAAUACAACGAGCCACACGAAUCGCUGACCAAUCGCAACAUCAUCGAGGCACUAACGAAGAAAGAGCAUAAGAACGGAGUGAUGUCGCCGGACAGCCCUGAAGCAGAGCCAGAAUACAACUUGACCCCACGGACCGAAGCCAAAUACUCGAAGAUUGAUGAAGAAUUUCAAAUGAUGAUGCAAAGGAACCAGUUGAACGGAAGCCGCGUGGGCGUCAGCGUAACGGGCAGCAAUUACAACCUGCCCGUGAGCGUGCCCGUCGGCAACUACGACCAGUCGCUACUCCAAGCUAGUCCACAGAUGCACCCCUCGAUCAGUCCACGGCCAUCCUCUUCAGAAACCGAUUCAGUAUAUCCAAGCGGCGGAAUGUUGGAGAUGUCGAACGGGUACGGCGGGGCGGGCUCGCCGCUGGGCGCGGGGUGCACACCGUCCCCCUCGCCGGGGCCCGCGCCCUCCCCGCACCGGCACCACAGUGCGCACGCGCACAAAGCGCACUCGCACGCACCGCCGCCACACCACUCGCCCCGCCACAACAACCUACGCGUCGUCAUACCCGGAUCAAUGCCACCGCCACAGGAUGACAUCUCAUAUACUGGAGAGACACCGCUCAGCUACUCAGGACUCGGCAAUUUCGGACCACAGGACUUCAGCAUGACAUCUGACAUGGGCAUCGGACUCACGUGGGGCGCACACCAGCUCCAGACGUUACAGCACAACAGGUACAUUAACAGUCUACCAGUGCUGGGCGGGGGCGGAGGGACACCGCCACCCGCAGCGUCGCCUAGCAACGUGAAGAUCAAAGCGGAGCCGGUGUCACCGCCGCGCGCCGCCGAACUGUUACACCGCGCGCCGCCGCCUGCGCCCGCGCCGCAGCCCGCUCAUCAGCUCUCUGCAGUAAUUGAUGGUAACCUGUACAUUGCAGGUUCGGUAUCGUCGAGUAACAUGGGCUCGCCGGGCGGGCCGGGCGGGCAGGACAUGCGCCACAGCGUGCCGCUCGACUACGAGCAGCCGCACACGAAGCGGCCGCGCAUCGAGGGCUGGACCACAUAGCUAGCCCACGAGGCCUUCGGUGCGUACCCGAGGCCGCUGCACCCGCACUGCUAAGCACCGCGCCCGACCGGACCCGCCACGGACCCGUCACGGACCCGCCCAGUGCCACCGACCAAGAUCCCAAGUCUGAAUGGUGCAUCUGAAUUCACGGUGCUUUAUACAUGGCACGGUCAGUGCUUUCGUACAAACGAGAGUAGGACCCUACAGGGCCGCGAGAUCUCUGAGAUCGACACGUUAUAUGUUCAAGUUUACACAACCCUUUAAUGAUACGUAAUUAUUAUAAUGCACACGUGAGUACACUAAUAAGGUUAAAUGUUAAAAUUAAGUACAGUUAGUCGCAGUCCUUCAGAACAAGUUUGAAUUGUAAGUAUAGGUAAACUUCUAUUCCCCUGUACAUAGUCUACAUUAAAUGUGCGAUCCGUGCCAUUGUCUGUUUAGCUUAAAAAUUAGUCAAUUUAAAAUUAGUGAGUAUCGUUAGAAGAAUUUGCACUACUCGUAUGAAGUGUAGACAGUGCGCGAUCGAGGCGGUCGGUUGUCCGGUUGGCCGGUUGAUUGUCCGGUCGGACGGUGGGAGUCGGUCGGUCGGACGGACGGAUGGCCGGACGGACGUUGUUGUGUAGUGCGUGCCACAGGACCGUCGCAACGUGUGAAGUGCGUUAAGACUUAAACAAACGACUGUUGACUUUUGUGUUAGUGUUUUAAAAGUUUUUUGUGCCAUUUUAAUAAUAUUAUAAUAGUGUGACAUCCGAACUUGAAUCUUUGUAAAUUAGUAAACGUAGUGUCAUCACAGAAGAUAAUAAAUUAUGUAUUGUAAAAUCUACAUUAUCUAUUGACAUAUUUAUACAUGAGAAUCAUAAUGAUAUUUACAUAAUAUGUAUACACGUCCCGUUAGGAACGAAUGUUAUUUAAAUAAGUAGGUAAUGUUAGCUAGAGAUGAGUAUAUAAUGGUACCACACGAAGCUUUAAAAUUUCUUAUGAUAACACUUGCACUCUAAGCAGAUUUGUAAGUAUAACAGUUUGAUCUUCACGGCCGCGAAGGCCCAGACAACGUUAAUCAUCUCUGUAGAAAUCACUUUGUUUUUAAAUGCCACUUUUGUACAAAACAAUGAUAACCCUCCAUCCAAAGGACGCAACGAGGAGCCAUUGCACUGGCUGUCCUAUUUUCGUACUGGACCGCGUUACCGCCGGUCGUUUUUGAUAUAAUCUCCAAAUAGUUUGGAUACAUUAUUAUAGUUUGGUCGUCUCACGUUCACAGACCAAAUAUCAAGUCAAUUUUGAAUACCUAUCAUAUACAUAUAUCGUGAGUAAUAUUGUUAAGUGUUUUAGAUUUAGUUAGUGGCUGCAUUGGUUUAAUGAGGACUAACAAAUUUGUUGAUUCCAUUUUUUAUUUUGUUAGUGUGAUCUGAAGUACACGUAUCGAUUUUGUUUCUACUUAAUCAUUAGAAUAUGCGGCUUUAAUCGCACAGAUUAUAUAUAAAAGAAUCAAAUAUCAUAUUUUGGUAUAGCACUAUAUUAAUAAAUCACUGUCCACCGUAUUUUUAGAUGAUAGUUGUCAGAACAAAUAGAGAAGAUAUUUAACAUAUUCUAUACGCAAACAGAUGUACUCGUAUGUGUAAACUAGUAUCGUCACCUUGCUUUCUUGAAUGUUGCCGAUCCUGACUGUACAUAGCCUUGGUGUCGUAAAAUCAACCCCGGGGCCCAGAGGGCACAUAUUUUAUAGUGGUAACAUAUAAUUAUUAUCGAUGUUGUUUAAUAUGUGUAUUGUUAGUGAAACUCAUGUUUGCUAAGAGUUUUGUACGCCAUGUUCGAUGUUACUGUUUAGCCUUAAGGGUCUGUUCGUCUUAGAGCAUUGUGACGUCAGACGUUCGCACAAUGCCACUGUUGUUGGUGCGGGUUGAUUUUCCGACAUAGCACUGUCCCUCAUAUCGUCUCACUGUAGAUGCCUUACUCACAGUGCCUAAAUAUACCAUAUUGUUCCAAAUUUGUAUGAUACGAUAGCAUUUUUGCUUUAAUAUUUUUCACAUCCUGGUAAUUUUUAAGUCUUUUGAUGAUGUUGAGUCUUUACGAUCGUAGUUUAACACUAAAUGUUUAUUCGAUGUGUAGUUAUCCGUAUACUGUGCUGCGGUCGAUUGUAAUAACUGUCGCUAUACCGUUUUGUGAAACAGUGAAACUGUUUGUAAACGAUGUGAUUGAAAUGUAUAAAUUAUUGUUAAGAGAAACUGCAUCGUAGGAUAUAAAACGUCGUUUUGACCCUUCAAAUCACAGUAACAAAAUGUUGAAAUUGUUUGUUAAAUUUGUACAGGGAAUAAUCCAGUUUCGAUGUUCGUAAGUCUGAACGCGUAAGGGAAAAAUGUAUUUUCGCAUUGUAAAAUAAAUAUAAGUACACGAUUAAUUUUAAAACGAAUUAAUAUUUUACUACUGGAGCAUAAUAAAUGUUGUCCUGUUAUUAAGGAACUGUAACAUGUAAUUACACUUAAUGUUAGAGUAUAUUGUUGAUGUGAUACAAAUUCCUACACUGCACUGUUACACUAUUGGGCCCAAUUUUCGUCUGCAUAAAUUUAUUGCAUCAAGCUUAGUUUUAAAUUUUUUCACAUCGAUAAAAUGUUAUCGAUAAACCUGUUAUUUAUCGAUGUGAACAUCGAUCUUGCAGAUACGUUUGCCAGUUUAUAAAACUCAAACCUGGGCCCUGUUUUAAGAUUUUAGAAGCGUUACCCGAAUGUUGUCUGUCAUUCGUUCCUAAUAGUUCCUUCAAUUGAGUCGAUGUGCUUUGUAUUAAAAAUUGCUCAAUCGUGUUUGUUUGGCGAUAAACCGAUGUCACUUUUCUUGUUGACUUACGGCCAAUCAACAAACGAUUCUACCAACUUCGACAGCGAAAAUGGACCAUUCAGAAUGAAGUUUGUUUCACAUGCUUUUAAUGACUUGUUUUGAUUGGUUCAUUCUUAUUGAUGCGAAGUUGGCAAAUUCGUUUGUUGAAACCAGCCGUUAUUUGAAAUGUUGCAAACUUUUGUACAGAUUGUCAUUGUGUUUAGUUGUGUGGUGUAAGUUUCAUUCGAGACAUGGUCCUUAGGCGUUAGUAAACCUAUAUCGAACAAUUAGAUGUACGUUAUCUUGUCUCUGAUAUUUAAUUUAAUUUGAUGGUACUUACAUCACAAGGCCGCCAAUCUUACCUACAUACCUAUCACGUAACAGAAGCACUAAUUAAUCGAAUAAUAUAUACUGGAAGUACACCGAUGAGUCCAAAAUCGUAGGUUUACUUAGAUUGAUUUGCACGGAUAUGUUUAUUGGAAUUAAAUUAAGUGGAAAACACAUUCAGAAACUCGAUUAUAUGCAAAAUAAAAUGAUAAAUAAUUUUAUCGUUUGCACAGAUUUUAAUUAUAAUCUACAUACAUUGUAUAAAAUAAACAGUUAAGCUGGUAUUGGGAGCAUUAUUUCCGAGGUUGUGAGCUUUGCUAUCGGGAAUGAUUUCAAUGUUUAAUUAAUUAAAUAUACAUAUAUAAAUAUAAUUAAUUCAUUUUGAACGCACAACCGUGUUGUGUGUGUUUAUGUAAAAAGUGUUUGCUUGGUUUUGUUUUGUAGAUGUACCUACUUUCGUGUACGCGUUUACCCUCUUUAACCUGCUGUGUGACAAUAGCAAAGCCAUUUUAAUUAUAAUCUAGUUGGUUGCAUUUAAAUGAAACUUAGUCAUAAGUACGAAAUAGUUCAGUGAAUGAUACGUCACAGUAGAUGUCGCUACUUGCUAUACUUACGUGUUAUGUUUCUCGUAUAGUUUUGCUAUUGCACCACAGUCGCGAACAACCCACAUAGAGUAUAGGUAUAUAAUACAUAUCCUUAUUGAAUACUCAAAUCGAUUUCACAUUUAAUUUCUCGUAACAACAGUUGUGCAAUACAUAUUAUUACAAAAUGCUUAGGUAGGUAUUUAGGUAUAUUUUCGUUUGAAUUUACAAAGAAUGCAAAAUCUGUUGUGUAUUUUAUCGAUAUUUUUACUGAUAAUGCGAGAGAUGAUGUCGAUGUAUCGAUGGAGUCUCUCGGGAAUUUAAGUCAUAAUGUAUAAUUAUUUUUUAAGAUAAGGCCGGGCCAAAUAUUGCAUUAAUGUAGGUCGUACGGCGCCUGUAUUUCUGUGUUGCGGCAGGAUUCACCUGCCCUUUGUAUGUAUAAAUUAAUUGUAUGAUGAAUGAACAUCUCAGUGGCUGAAUGAAAUAUCAAUGUUUAUCAACAGUGUUAGAAAAAUUGUUAUAAAUUAUUUUGAUGACUGUUCGAAGGAUAAUAAAGAGUUGGAUGUCAA